GCAUUGAGGAAUUAUGAAAAUCACAUUUUUCUGUGCGGUGUUGUUCUUCCUGGAUCUCCUCAUUUGCUGCAAUGCUUAUGCACAGAAUCCCUUGCCUGACAUAGCAGAUGCUAAGUUUAUUGAAGACUGUGUGGCAACUCACAACGACUUCCGAUCCAAGGUGAACCCCCCAGCCAGCAAUAUGCUUCGCAUGUCCUGGGACUCUGCUUUAGCUAAAACUGCCAAGGCAUGGGCAAAGAAGUGCCAGUUUAAGCACAAUAUCUACCUUAAGGAGCCAGGGAAGGUGCACCCCACCUUUACACCCGUUGGAGAAAACAUCUGGACUGGCACGGCCACCAUCUUCUCUGUGGAUGUAGCUCUCAGUGACUGGUUUAGUGAAGUUGGAAGCUAUGAUUUCUAUACCAAUAGCUGCUCGGGCCAGUGCGGUCACUAUACCCAGGUUGUUUGGGCCACAAGUUACAAGGUUGGCUGUGCAGUUCACUUCUGUGAAACAGUUAAAAAUUUUCCAGGACUCUUCAAAGCAGCACAUUUUGUUUGUAACUAUGGACCAGCGGGAAAUUACCCAACAAAACCUUAUAAAGUAGGACAGUCAUGCAGUGGAUGCAGUAAUGACAAGUGUGCAAACAAUCUCUGUGAAAACACAGAACGUGAGAAACUGAUCAGCUAUGCCAACUGGUACCCAGACUGGAAGGCGGCCCCGCAGCCCCCGCGCCCGCGUCCCCCCCGGCCCCCUGCCCCGCGGCCUCCCGUCCGCCCGCCCACGGUGCCUCCCGCGGGGCGGCCUCGCACCUCGUGCGACAGCUACUGCCUCAGCGUCGCGAUCCUGAGGCCGUUGUUUUUGGUCCUGAGUGCCGGGGGAGUUCUUCUAGUACAACACUGGUAUCCCCAUGCGUUUAUGUAUGUGUAG